AUUCAACGCAAGGGGAGGGCGCGAGUUAUUAUCGUUUCGAUCUUUAUCUCUAAUCUCCAUUUCCUUUUGGACUUGCGUUUUUAUCUCUAUUCUCUCAUCCUAAAUCUUCCCUUCAUCUUUUCGGAUUUACAGACUUAAACCGUUGUUUGAUCGCUCCAUGGUAAUUUUCUGCAUCAUGGGUUUUCAUGAAAUCAGAUUGUAGGUUCUGUUCCUCGGAAGCCAUGAACCUUAAUGCUGUCAUAAACACCUAAAGCAGGUUCAUCAUGAGAUGAUGGAAUCACCUGUUGCAGCUGGCGGACCGAGGAAUACGUCCGUGAUUGUUCUUACACUUGAUACCAAUGAGGUAUAUGUUGUGGUUAGCUUGUCUUCUAGGACCGACACUCAGGUCAUUUAUAUUGAUCCCACAACUGGAUCUCUUCAACAUAACCGGAAGCUGGGUUAUGAUGUUUUCAACUCCCAAGAUGAAGCGCUAAACCACAUCACAGAUGCCUCAAACUUGAUUUGCAAGAGUACAACUUAUGCCAAAGCUAUAUUGGGUUAUGCAGUACUUGGGAGCUUUGCCUUGCUCCUUGUUGCGACAAGGUUGACUGCUAGCAUUCCGUAUUUGCCAGGUGGCGGGUGUGUGUACACCAUUAGUGAGAGCAAAUGGAUCAAAAUUUUACUUCAAAAUCCUCAACCUCAGGGGAAAGGAGAGGUAAAGAAUAUUCAAGAACUGACAGAAUUCGAGAUUGAUGGAAAACACUACUUUUGUGAAACAAGAGACAUCACCCGCCCAUUUCCUAGUCGUAUUUCCCAACAAAGUCCUGAUGAUGAAUUUGUUUGGAAUGGAUGGUUCUCGACCGCUUUCAGAAGAAUUGGGCUGGAGCAGCACUGUGUCAUUUUGCUGCAGGGAUUUGUAGAAUAUCGAACUUUUGGAAGCUUAGGCCAGCAAGAAGGAAUUGUUGCUCUUAUAGCUCGUCGUAGUAGGCUGCAUCCUGGAACUCGAUACUUAGCAAGAGGCAUAAACUCUUGUUACAGCACAGGAAACGAAAUUGAGUGUGAGCAGCUUGUAUGGGUUCCAAAAAGAGCUGGUCAAAGUGUGCCUUUCAACACAUACAUAUGGAGACGAGGCACUAUUCCUAUUUGGUGGGGUGCAGACCUGAAGAUGACUGCUGCAGAAGCAGUAAUUUAUGUUUCAGAUCAUGAUCCAUAUAAAGGAAGUGCACGGUAUUACCAGAGAUUAAGCACGAGAUAUGAUGCGCGGGAUUUGGGGGUAGUUGGUACAAAUCAAAAUAAGGGUGGUUUUGUUCCUAUUGUGUGUGUCAAUUUGCUUAGGAAUGGAGAAGGGAAAUCAGAAUCCAUUUUGGUUCAACAUUUUGAGGAAUCAUUGAAUCAUAUCCGGUCAACCAGAAAACUUCCUAGCACCCGACUUCAUUUGAUAAAUUAUGAUUGGCAUACCAGUAUUCGAUUGAAGGGUGAACAGCAAACCAUUGAAGGACUUUGGUACCAUCUGAAAGGACCCACAAUAUCCAUAGGCAUUUCUGAAGGUGAUUAUCUACCUUCUCGUCAGCAUAUGAAUAAUUUUCAAGGUGAAAUUAUUUAUAAUGACGACCUCAUCGGUUUCUUCUGCUUACGAGUACAUCAGAAUGGAGUAAUACGUUACAACUGUGCGGAUUCUUUGGAUCGAACAAAUGCUGCUAGUUAUUUUGGUGGCCUCCAAGUUUUCACAGAGCAAUGUAGGCGGCUUGGGAUAUGUCUUGAUAGUGACUUGGUUAUUGGUCGUCAAUCACCUAAUAACCACAGUGGUUCUACCACAUCAUCGUCACCUGGAUGGAAAAAACAAUCCAAUGAUGCAACUGGAACGCCAAAUUAUACUGAUCAGAACACUAGGACCACAAGCGGGAAACAUCCAUGUCCAGAUAAGCCUUGGAAGCAUUUUGACAUGACAUUUGAGGAGUUCAAAAGGUCAACUAUCUUAUCACCAGUAUGUCAAUUAGCCGACCUUUUCCUGAUUUCUGGUGAUAUUCAUGCAACAAUUUACACGGGGUCUAAAGCAAUGCAUAGUCAUAUUCUUAACAUAUUUAGUGACGAAGCAGGGAAGUCCAAACAAUUCUCUGUGGCACAGAAUGUUAAGAUAACCCUGCAGAGAAGAUAUAACAAUGCAGUUGUAGAUAGCUAUCGUCAGAAGCAGUUAGAGAUGUUCCUUGGACUAAGGCUUUUCAAGCAUCUCCCAUCAGUGUCAAUCCGACCUUUGCAUGUGCUUAGUAGACGAUCUGGUUGCCUUCUUAAACCAAUUGCCAGCAUUGAGGAGAGCUCUGGGGAUGGAGACAGUCUUCUUAGUUUUAGGCAAAAAGACAUCAUCUGGGUUUCUCAACAGGCAGCUGAUAUAAUCCAACUCUUUGUGUACCUUCGUGAACCCUGUCAUGUUUGUCAGCUUCUUCUCACAAUUUCACAUGGUGCAGAUGAUUCAACAUAUCCAUCAACACUUGAUGUGCGAACAGGACGUGAUCUAGAUGUGCUUAAACUUGUUUUGGAGGGAGCCUCCAUUCCUCGGUGUGCUAAUGGUACAAACAUGGUGAUACCCAUAUCAGGGCCCAUUAGUGACAAGGAUAUGGCUUUGACAGGAACUGCAGCAAGCCUACCUGCCCACAGAACCAAAUUUCCAUUUUUAUAUGAUUCCAAUGGACUGGAAGGCGAAUUGGACUUUCUCACUCGUGUGGUUGUACUCACAUUCUAUCCUGCUGAGUCAACCUGUUCCCCUGUCACUCUCGGUGAGGUAGAGAUACUUGGAAUUUCUCUUCCAUGGAGAGGCAUGCUUGCUUCUGAAGGACCUGGCAGAAGGUUAUGGGAAAGUGUAAAUAAUAUGAGGGAAGAUGCCAACUCUUUCCCAUCUGAUACGGACAGCAAUCCCACUGUUGUUGCUUUAACGAAUGAUGUGUUGCCACAUGAAAAAUCUGACACAUACACCAGCCCUCAGGUCGACCUCUUAUCGGGUGAGGACAUUGAUUCGGAACCCGUUUCACAACCAAUGACAGAAAUUAGUUUGCAUGAUUCAUCUCUCGACCUGUGUCAUGGUCACAAGGAAGAGGCUGACUCUCAAAGAAUUUCACUACAAGAUAAAAUUCCAAUCAAAAUGGGUGUGGAGCAGUACAUAAGUUGCUUUGAAUUGUUGACCGCCAUGCAUGGGGAUAAUAAAUUAGGGUUCGUAGAAGCAAUGAAACUUGAAAUCGAACGUCUUCGCCUCAAUCUAUCUGCUGCUGAAAGGGAUAGAGCUUUAUCAUCUAUUGGCAUUGAUCCAGCUACUAUAAAUCCCAACACAUUGCUAGAAGAAUCUUAUAUAGGUUCAUUAUGCAAGGCUGCAAAUUCCCUUGCAGUUCUUGGUCAGGCUUUUCUGGAAGACAGGACUACUGGUUUGAUCGGUCUUGGUCCUGUUGAUGAUGAUAUCGAUAUAGAUUUCUGGAAUAUUAAUAGAAUCGGGGAGGAAUGUUGCGGUGACCCAUGCCAAGUUCGUGCAGAAACUUCAACUUUGACCUCUUCUUCGCAGUCAAUAUUUUCGUGCUCUGCAUGUCAGCGCAAGGUUUGUAGAGUUUGUUGUGCCGGUAAAGGUGCUAUUCUUCUUGUUCGAAACCAGACUGGUGGAACGAGUUCUGGUGAUUCCUCUUUAAACCGUUCUGUAACAAUGGAUGGGGUUAUUUGUAAGCUGUGCUGUCAACAUAGUGUUCUGGAUGCAUUGACCUUGGAUUGUAUGAGGGUUUUAAUCAGCCAGCGAAGAAGUACUCAUGCUGAAACUGCUACUUAUGAAGUUUUGAGUCAAGUCGUAGGGAAGAAUUACUUCUCUAGGAAAAAGGAGUCAUCUGAUAAAUAUGCAGCUGCCAAGUCCUUACAGGAGUUGCUCAAUGAAGAGGAAUCAUUAGCUGAAUUCCCAUUUGGAAGCUUUUUGCACUCGGUUGAAUCAGCAUCAGGUUCAGCGCCUCCCUUAUCGUUGCUGGCACCUUUGGAUACUGGAUCGCGACAGUCAUACUGGAAAGCUCCCCCUUGUAUCUCUUCUGUUGAGUUCAUUAUUGUUCUUGGCAAUCUUUCUGAUGUCUCUGGGGUUGUCCUUCUUGUUAGUCCCUGUGGCUAUUCUAUGUCUGAUUCCCCUACCGUGCAAAUAUGGGCAAGCCAAAAAAUACACAAGGAAGAAAGAUCAUGUGUAGGAAAAUGGGAUGUUAGAUCACUCAUCACAUCUUCCCCAGAGCUUUCCGGUCCAGAAAAAUCUGAUAAAACUCUGCGGCACAUCAAAUUUGCCUUCCGAAAUCCUGUCAGGUGUCGCUUGAUUUGGAUAAAACUAAGUAUCCAGAUGGUUGGUUCAAAUUCCGUUAGCUUCGAGAAAGGUUGCAAUCUUUUAUCCUUGGAUGAAGAAGACCUUUCCUCCGGGCUCGGCAGGCGAGCCUCUAUAGCCGGAACAUCAGAAACCGAUCCAUGUCUGCAUGCAAAAAGAAUUCUCGUAGUUGGAAACUCGGUGAAAGCAGAUAUAGCAGACUCGUCAUCGCGAACUUCUGAGCGGGCUAGCAGCUUAAAAAACUGGUUGGAGAAAGCUCCAUUGUUAAACAGAUAUAGGGUCCAAGUUGAGUCUGAGAAGUUGAUUGAAAAUGCUCUAGUCUUGGAACAGUUUGUUUCUCUGGCUUCACCUACGGUGGCAGGGUUUCGCCUCGAUGGUUUUAGUGCUAUAAAACCUCGACUAACCCAUUCGCCUUCUUCAAAUGUAAAUCCAUUGGAUGCAUCAUCGAUCGUUUUUGAUCAUAGAUUCAUAUCUCCACCAGUACUACAUAUUCAAGUAUCUACAUUACAGGGGUCAUCGGAGGAGAUGGUGGUGGUUGCAGAGUACCGGAUACCGGAGGUGAAGGGCGGCACCGCCAUUUACUUUGAUCUUCCUAAAGCAAUCAGCAGUCGGAGAAUAUGGUUCAGGCUGGUGGGAGAUAUUGCAAGGUUUGCGGAUGAUCCAGAAGAAGGUGAAGGAGGACGUCCGUUGGCUGCAGGGCUGUGUUUGUUAAACCGGAUCAAGUUAUAUUAUUACGCCCAACCCAAUGAUCUUGGCAGAUGGGCUAGCCUCUCUGGUAUAUGAUUUCAUCAUGUCUAUAGUCAUUUUUGUUUUUAUUUUUAUUUUUUAACAAUUUAUUUUUUGUAUUUUUAGUUCAGAAUUAUCAAUUUCAUCUUGUUUUCAGGGGUGUUUGCGGUUUUCGAAAAACCCGUUUGAUUUUU